CGUGUCCACGCACCCAGGCGAAUGGUCAAAGUCGUGUUGUAUUUGUGGCGAAAAAAAUUUGUGUCGAUUGGAUUGGGGCCCCGCCUUGUUAGAAUUUAACCAUUUCGCGCUGCUGGAGCAUGAUAAGCAGCCCAGCAUGACGGAGAAGAUUACGCUAGCCGACGCGCUGUCCAACGUGGAGGUGUUGGACGAGCUAUCCCUGCCGGACGAGCAGCCCUGCAUCGAGGCGCAGCCCUGCUCGAUUAUCUACAAGGCAAACUUCGAUACGAAUUUCGAGGAUCGCAAUGGAUUUGUGACGGGUAUCGCCAAGUACAUCGAGGAGGCCACCACCCAUGCCAACUUGAAUGUGCUCCUGGACGAGGGGCAGAAGCACGCUGUAAUGCUCUACACCUGGCGCUGCUGCUCGCGCGCCAUUCCGCAGCCCAAGUCCAAUGAGCAGCCGAAUCGCGUAGAGAUCUACGAGAAGACGGUCGAGGUGCUGGCCCCGGAGGUGAACAAGCUGCUCAACUUCAUGUACUUUCAACGCAAGGCCAUUGAGGCCUUCUCCGGCGAGGUGAAGCGCUUGUGCCACGCCGAGAAGCGCAAGGACUUCGUGUCCGAGGCGUACUUGCUGACGCUGGGCAAGUUCAUCAACAUGUUCGCCGUGCUGGACGAGCUGAAGAACAUGAAGUCCAGCGUGAAGAACGAUUACUCCACGUACAGGCGAGCUGCGCAGUUCCUCAAAGUGAUGUCGGACUCGCACACCUUGCAGGAGUCGCAGAAUCUGUCCAUGUUCCUGGCCACGCAGAACAAGAUUCGCGACACGGUCAAGGACACGCUGGAGAAGAUCGUGGGCUACGAGGAUCUGCUCUCUGAUGUGGUCAACAUUUGCGUACAUAUGUUCGAGACAAAGAUGUACUUGACCCCUGAGGAGAAGCACAUGCUGGUGAAGGUUAUGGGCUUUGGCCUGUUCCUCAUGGACAGCGAUGCGUGCAAUAUCAACAAACUCGAUCAAAAGAAGAAGAUACGGCUGGAUCGCAUCGAUCGCAUCUUUAAGAACCUGGAAGUGGUGCCCCUCUUCGGCGACAUGCAGAUUGCUCCCUUUAACUACAUAAAGCGCAGCAAGCACUUCGAUUCCAGCAAGUGGCCGCUGUCCAGCUCAAAUGCCAUCAGUCCACAGGCGGAUCUAAUGGUGCACCUGCCGCAGAUACGCGAGGAUCACGUGAAGUACAUUUCCGAGCUGGCGCGAUACACAAACGAGGUGACCACCACCGUCAAGGAGAAUCCCUCUGAUGCCGAGAAUCGGAUUACGGCCGACCUGGCUCUGCGCGGCCUGCAAUUGCUGUCCGAGUGGACCAGUGUGGUCACCGAGCUGUACUCCUGGAAGCUGUUGCAUCCGACUGAUCAUCACCAGAACAAGGAGUGCCCCGUUGAGGCUGAGGAGUACGAGCGGGCCACCCGCUACAAUUACACCUCGGAAGAGAAGUUCGCGCUCAUCGAGGUCAUCGCCAUGAUAAAGGGACUGCAAGUGCUGAUGGCGCGCAUUGAAACCGUGUUGUGCGAGGCUAUCCGGCGUAACAUCUACUCCGAGCUGCAGGACUUCGUGCAGCUUUCGCUUCGUGAACCGCUGCGCAAGGCCGUAAAGAACAAGAAAGAUCUUAUCCGGAGCAUCAUCAUGUCGGUGCGAGAGACAUCAGCGGACUGGCAGAAGGGUUAUGAGCCCACCGACGAUCCAGUGGCCAAGGGCAAGAAGGAUCCCGACGGCGGCUUCCGCAUCCAGGUGCCUCGCCUCAAUGUGGGACCCUCCUCCACGCAGCUAUACAUGGUACGCACCAUGCUGGAGUCUCUGAUCGCCGACAAAAGCGGCGGCAAGCGCACUUUGCGCAAGGACAUCGACGGAAACUGCUUGCUGCAGAUCGACACGUUCCACAAGACAUCGUUCUACUGGAGCUACUUGCUCAACUUCAGCGACACGCUUCAGAAGUGCUGCGAUCUCUCGCAGCUGUGGUAUCGCGAGUUCUACUUGGAGAUGACCAUGGGUCGUAAGGUUAACAAGUGCUUGGUGCGGCAUCAGCACAACGAGGAGUGCAAGGAUCUGAUCACCAUGGAGAAGCGCAUUCAGUUUCCGAUUGAAAUGUCCAUGCCCUGGAUCCUAACCGAUCACAUUCUGCAAACGAAGGAGCCCUCAAUGAUGGAAUUUGUCUUGUAUCCCCUGGACUUGUACAACGACUCGGCGUACUACGCACUCACUGUCUUCCGAAAGCAGUUCCUGUACGACGAAGUGGAGGCCGAAGUCAAUCUGUGCUUCGAUCAGUUUGUCUACAAGCUCAGCGAGCAGAUCUUCGCCCAUUACAAGCAAUUGGCGGGCAGCAUCUUCUUGGACAAGCGAUUCCGUUUGGAGUGCGAGGUACUCGGUUUCAACUUCCAGUCGUAUCCCCGCAAUAAUCGUUAUGAGACCUUGUUAAAACAACGACACGUCCAACUUUUGGGCCGUUCUAUUGACUUGAACAAACUGAUCACACAACGCAUAAACGCCAACAUGCACAAGAGCAUUGAGUUGGCCAUCAGUCGUUUCGAGGGCAACGAUAUAACCGGCAUUGUGGAACUCGAAGGCCUGCUGGAGGCGAAUCGAAUUUGCCACAAGUUGCUAAGCAAGUACUUGGCCCUGGAUAACUUUGACGGCAUGGUUAAGGAGGCUAACCACAAUGUACUGGCGCCUUACGGCAGAAUAACACUGCACGUCUUUGUGGAAUUGAACUACGACUUUCUGGUCAAUUACUGCUAUAAUGCAGCCACGAAUCGUUUCAUUCGAACCAAAGUGAAUCUUUCGUCGUCACAGGCUAUUCAGCGUGAGAAGCCGCCACAAAUGUCCCAUUACUAUCUGUGGGGUUCCAAGCAGUUGAAUGCUGCCUAUUCCACACAGUAUGGCCAGUACACUGGCUUUGUGGGCUCACCGCAUUUCCAUGCCAUGUGCCGCCUGCUGGGCUAUCAGGGCAUAGCAGUCGUCAUGGACAUUAUACUAAAGGACAUUGUUAAGCCGCUGAUCCAGGGCUCGCUGCUGCAGUUCACCAAGACGCUGAUGAUUGCCAUGCCCAAGUCGUGCAAACUACCCCGUUGCGAAUAUGGUUCGCCUGGAGUGCUCAGCUACUAUCAGGCCCAUCUUACGGACAUCGUGCAAUAUCCGGACGCGAAGACAGAGCUGUUCCAGUCUUUCCGGGAGUUUGGCAACAGCAUCAUCUUUUGCCUGCUGAUCGAACAGGCGCUCUCGCAGGAGGAGGUGUGCGAUCUACUGCACGCCGCCCUCUUCCAGAACAUCUUUCCCAGACCUUUUUGCAAAGAGAAUGAAAAACCGGAGGCUAAGCAAAAGCGUCUUGAAGCCCAGUUUGCCAAUCUGCAGAUAGUUUCAAACGUGGAAAAGAUUGGCACUGCAAAGCAAGCCAUGAUAGCACGAGAGGGAGAUUUGUUGACUCGUGAGCGUCUUUGCUGUGGCCUCAGCAUUUUUGAAGUUAUUCUCAACCGCGUGAAGAGCUAUUUGGAUGACCCUGUGUGGUGUGGUCCUCCACCGGCCAACGGGAUUAUCCACGUGGACGAGUGCUCGGAGUUCCAUCGCCUUUGGUCGGCUCUGCAGUUCGUUUAUUGCAUUCCAGUAAGGGGAACGGAGUACACCAUCGAGGAGCUCUUCGGCGAAGGUCUGAACUGGGCUGGCUGCGUCAUGAUCGUACUGCUGGGCCAGCAGCGGCGCUUCGAGGCUCUGGACUUUUGCUACCACAUUCUGCGGGUACAGCGCGUCGAUGGCAAGGAUGAGGAUGUCAAGGGCAUUCAAUUGAAGCGAAUGGUGGAUCGGAUUCGUCGGUUCCAAGUAUUAAACUCACAAAUCUUCUCCAUUCUCAACAAGUAUCUAAAGGGCGGCGAUGGCGAGGGCUCAAAUGUGGAGCACGUGCGGUGUUUUCCACCGCCCCAGCAUCCCUCGGUCAUAUCGUCCUCGUCGCACUACCAGGAUCCCCAGAAGCUGCGGCAGAGCAUAAACAAUUGAAGUCGCCUGGAAAGGGAUGCAUUUAAGCUAAUCGCAUACAAAUAGGUUAUACUUAAUCGCAGCUGAAUUAGUCCCCCGGAAAACAGCGACGUAGAAGCCGAAAAGCCAAGUUUUCUUGGCGGUAUUGGUUCUAUUUGAAUUCGAUUUUAUUGAAAAUCUCUUUUGGUAUGUCGCAUUCAAUCUUACAGUACGUUAAAUGUUUUAUCCAAGCAAUUAUAUAUAUAUAUGUAGAUGUAAUUUUGAUUCACUUGCUCCGGCAUUCGAUUCAGCUACUCGUACAUUAUCCCAAAUACUCUAUUCUAAGCUCCCUAAGAUAUUAUGUUUUUGGCCUAUGUAUUCCUUCGCUACAAACAGAUACAUUUAUGUUCUGCUUCCCGAUUCGAGAAUCAAAUUAGCCAAAGAAUUGAUGACAGCACGGCGAAAAUAAAAACAAAUUGGCUUUAAACACAAU